AUGGUCUUCUCUUCCUCUCCCAUAGCCUAUGCGCCUAGCUCAUCACCACCUGUACCUCCCCACAAAAAGAAGCGCCGUCUGUUUCAACCAUUUCCCACCGAGCAGCAAACAAAGAGGACUAAGAUGCUGGGCGGGUUCAUAGUGGUAGACGAUGAAGAUGAGGACGAAGACAAGGCCGAAAACAAGCCCCAGGAUGUGGAGGAAUUACAACGGCGGAUAGAAAAGGAGUCGGCACUCCCACCACUUCGGGAGGAUGUCGCAGAACUCGCAUAUACGGAUGUUAUACCGGGGACUGCAACAAGGCAUGAUGUUCCCUCUAGUCCACAUCUACCUCCCCUUCCUCGCCCAAUGCUCAGAAAGCGGCAACACAGAGGUGUAACCAUACAGACAUCCUCUGGCACAGCAUUGAACAUUCGCAUCAGACAAAAGGCUGAAGCUGUGUCAUAUGAGCAGACUAUUGCGCAGCGGUCGGCAACCAGUGCAAGUCGUGCAAAGAAAGCAUACUAUGGCAUUGAAAUCCACAAGCUUAUGGACGAUGCAAAGACGCUGCGACAACUUGACGAGUUUGAGAAACAGAGGAAGAAUCAACAACAGGCCUCAGAUUCGCUCACAAAUGCUCCGUCUGCAGGCUCAAAGCCCGUCAUUUAUCAGAUGUGGACCGAGAAGUAUCGCGCAAAGAAAUUCACCGAGCUUGUGGGUGACGAAAGAACCCAUCGGCAGGUCCUCCGAUGGCUUAAAGCAUGGGAUCACAUAGUCUUUCCGGGAAGCGCAAAACUAAAAUCCAUGAGGGCCUUUGACGACAAAGAUCAAGAUCAACAACACCGAAAGAUCCUGCUUAUGACUGGGCCACCAGGUCUUGGGAAGACCACUCUAGCCCACGUGUGCGCCAGGCAAGCGGGAUAUGAGGUACUCGAAAUCAAUGCCAGUGACGACCGAAGCCGAGACGUGGUCAAAGGCAGGAUCAAAGAUGCUCUUGGAACGGAGACAGUGCGUGGAAUCAAAGAACAAGGCAAAGCGAGAAAAGCCGGGCGCCCUGUCUGCGUCGUUGUAGAUGAAGUCGAUGGGGUCACCACAGGUUCUAGUGCAAGUGGUGGUGAAGGCGGAUUUGUCAAGGCUUUGAUCGACCUCGUGCAGCUCGACCAGAGGAACGCAUCGGGCAGUGGAAACCAAGACGGUGUGAGAGGCAGAAAGAAGGGCGACAAAUUCAGAAUGCUCAGACCACUGAUCCUAGUAUGCAAUGACGUCUUCGCACCUUCACUUCGACCAUUACGCACAAGUUCCGUCGCUGAGAUUGUCCAUGUUCGGAAAGCCCCACUGGACAAGGUCAUUGCUCGAGUCAGGGCUGUUUUCGAGAAAGAGUGCAUUGCCUCUGAUAAUGACGCCGUUCGCCGGCUGUGCGAAAACGCUUGGGGGCUGGCAAUGCGAAAGCAAAGAGGGCCAGGAUCCCGGGGGUCCGGAGAGGGCGACAUCAGAAGUGUGCUCGUACAAGCCGAAUGGAUUGCGCAUAAACUACGCGCCAACGAAACCAAGCCCAAAUUGACACGCCAAUGGCUCGAGCCCCAGCUUGCAGAAGCUCGAUCUGGACAGAAAGGCCUUGGACGAGGUGGUGUCAGAGAGGUUGUUGAGCGCAUAUUUUUGGAAGGGGCUGGCUUGCCUGAUCUUCCAGCUGCUCUCUCCGCAGACGACGCGAGACUGGUUGCUGACUCGAAAAGCAACCCCGUGGGAGUCGCGAAUCUUCGCAAACGGGCAGCAAUCGCGGCCCUGAGAGAGAUGGUUGAUACGUGUGGAGAUCAUGACCGAGUCAUGACGGAAUGCUUCGCCACAUAUCCAACACAAGUGUUUCAAGACGACGUACAACUGUCAAAACCAAAUGCAAGUUACGAAUGGCUUCAUUUUCAUGACUGCUUGUCAAGUCGAGUGUUCUCAGGACAGGAGUGGGAAUUGACGCCCUACCUCAAUACUAGCGCCUGUGGGUUUCACCAUCUCUUCGCCACUGUCGACAAAGGUAGAGUGGCCUGGAAUGAAGAAUUGCCGGAGGAAGAAGUCAAGGAUGUCCACCCUUUCAGCGGCCUGAAAGCAGAUUUCGCUGCUUAUGAGGCGGAGAAGCAGAACCGGAGUUUGCUCACCGAGCUGCAGUCAAAUUUCUCAGCGUCUUUGUUGAGAUUAUUUAGCUCUAUUGACGAUAUUGCGACAGAGUUGGUCCCGAAUGUGGGCAAGAUGCUGGCUCCAGAUGUGAAGCCCAUUGUGAUUGGAGGGUCCGGUAGCUCUGCCAGUGUUGCCAGUGUGCGGAAAGAGUCUGAGAAGGUCUGUGUUCGCAACGCAGUCCGAACAAUGCUGGCUUUGGAUGUAUCAUUUGAGAAGGUCCGCGUGGAAAUUGAGGGUGGUGGUGCUCACUCGAAUGGCGGCUAUGUAUAUCGAAUGGAGCCACCCCUCGAUACACUGCUGAAUUAUCACAUGGAUAAAUCACGUUCAGGUGCCGCACCGGUUCGAUAUGCAGUUCGACAGGUGCUCGAUCAAGAGCUCAGAAAGGAGAGGCUGUUGCAAAACUCGCUAGUCCGACAGGGUCGCUCUGCGACAUUGGACCUUCGCGGGGAGGUUGAUGGAGAGGCUAACAAGGAAAACGAGCGUCCUGCCGACAAGGCGAAGGAAGCAUCUUCCCAGGCUCCUGGAACCAAGCGUGAUUUCUUUGGUCGGAUCAUCAAUGAAAGCCGACCUACGUCGGCCGGUAAGGGUGCAAGGGAACGUGUAGGGAAGCUACGGACAAAGGCUGAAGAUCGAGUAUGGGUCUCAUUCCACGAAGGCUUCUCGAAUGCUGUUCGGAAACCGAUUACGCUGAGAGAAUUGAUGGGCGGGUUUUGA